ACCUCCGUGUCGUUCGACCCAGUCUACGACAACGCCAAUAACUCUCUGGCCAUCGUUGCGUGCUCCGACGGGUCUAACGGGCUGCUCACUAAAGGGUUCACCACGUUCGGGUCGCUCCCCUCGUUCCCGAACAUCGGCGGCGCGCCCGCGGUCGAGGGGUUCAACUCCGCCGCGUGCGGGACGUGCUGGCAGCUCUCGUUCAACGGGACGUCCAUCAACGUCACCGCGAUCGACACCGGCGCAAAGGGCUUCAACAUCGCCCAGGAAGCGCUCGACAAGCUCACGAACGGCACCUCCGCACAGGUGGGAAGGAUUAACGCGACGGCGGUUCAGGUGGACGCGUCGGGCUGUGGCCUAUGA